AUGACCUCACAUCCGCAACGACAAGGGCCGACUAGAUAUCGUUGCAGUGUGUGCCCAGGUGGACACAGCAUGAGAACAUUAUACCCUCACGCCUCAUCCGCGGCUCAUCUCGCCGCAGUUCAAGAUUUCUUGAAGGAACAGGACGCUGAACGUGCCCUCAGAAACCAAUCCGACAACGCCAGGCCAGCAAAUGACCCCCCGCGGUUGGACAACCUCGCCAACCAAUUGCAUUUUACUCAUGACAUCUUGGAUCACGAUUCGGAUCCCCCUUCCCCUCCGCCGUCACCUCUCACCCUGCUACGUGGUCUCGAUCUCAAUCAGCCGGACCCUUUUGACCUUGGUUUGGGUGACGACGCUGCCGAUUCGGACACCUCGGAAGGAGGAUUGGAUUUUGACAGGAUGCGGUUGGCCAUCGAAGCGCUGGAGAACGAGCUAGACGACGACGAUGCUCGCUUGGACGAGGAAGCCCUAGAAGAAGAUAUUGCAGGAGUCCGAGUUCAAGACGCCGCCGAGUGGCACCCCGUUGUUGAUGAUAGGUUCAACACGGAACUUACUCUCACGGACACAAUACCACCGAAUUCGAUCGAUACUGCGAAUCGUUGGGGUGUACCUGCCGGAAUGGGGAACCCUGAGGGCGGUGGUCAAACGAUUGAAGGACAAUCUAGGGCUACACCUUCGCGAACGGACCAGCCCUUGCGGGAACCCACUAUUUGGGUUGGAUAUUAA